CAGGAAUCGCCUCAUAACGUUAAAGUGUAGGCAAAAUAUGUCGAAUAUAAAGCGAUGCCAAGACCUUUACAUGAAAUGACACAUAAAUUUUGAUGGAUAUUUGGGCGCUGGCAAAUAUCAAAAACCUACUUGUGAAUUUACCACGUGAUAAUAAAAAAAUUAUACAUGUGUACAUAUUAUUAUAAUAAAAUUGUCACAGUUUCAGCUAAUCUGCACCUGCAGAAGAGUGCAUUCCUUUCACUUGCCACUUUCGUUCGUACUUACUAAAUUCAAGUUUCAUGAACUGUCGAGAAUGGUUCGCAUUUUCGUAAUUUGGCCUUGAGGUUAGAUGCAAAAUAUAUUCCAGCCUCAUCCGUUUUCUACAACAAUUGGAACUCUGACAGAAAGAGCGACUGAUAGUGGUCAGCCAUCAGAAGAUUGGGCUCUGAUUUUGGAAAUAUGCGACACAGUAAAUGAAACAGAUGAUGGGCCUAAGGAGGCUAUUAGAGCGAUCAAGAAACGUCUCGUCACUUCUGCAGGCAAGGACAAUGUUUCAAUAUGGUACACAUUAACGCUCCUGGAAACUUUAAUAAAGAACUGUGGGAAAAGAUUUCACAGUCAGGUCGCCAACAAAGAGUUUCUGCAUGCUUUUUUAAAACUUUUAUCGCCUAAAAAUGACCCUCCACAACAACUACAGACAAAGGUUUUGUACAUGCUUAAGUGUUGGAUAUCAAGUAACUGGGAUGUCGCUGGUAAGCGGGAUUUGGAAAAAAUAUAUGCCUCACUUUUACAAAAAGGAGUGCAAUUUCCAACGGUUGCACCAGUUGACUGUUAUGUAGCAAAACCGUCAAGAGGCUUGCGUGAUAGUUUGGUUACAUCUAAAACUGGUGUAACUUUUCCGCGAACUGGUCCACAAGAAAAUGAGAAAUUACCUGGAAGAUCUGUAGUAAUUAAAAGUUCUGGAACGGAAUCAGAUACCCAUUUACAUAAUCAUUUAUCUAUAAAUCCAUCAAGUUCAAUUGUAUUACAUCCAUGCUCUAUUUGUCAUUGUAUACAUGAAUCAAAUAUUCAAUCAUUAGCUUGUCAUAAUCUUAGUUCAAAACCUAAUAUUCAUCCUAAUAGUUCUUCUGUAUCCUCAUAUAAUCGUUCAAUACGUAAUGUACAUUUUAAUGAUACAAUUCAAAAUAGAUCACAAAGUAGUGUUAUACCAAAUGAUUGUACUGUAAUGGUUGUUAAAUCGGAUAAUCAAUCAUCUUCUUUACCGUAUUCACAUCAAUCACAAAUACAUCAUUUACCUUCAUCAAAUAAUAAAUAUCAACAAAUGAAUACAAAUUAUUCAAUGAAUACUAAUGAUGAUGAAAUGGAAUUGGAUGAAGAUGGUAUUGUACGUCAUUUAAAUACAUCACAACGUAUUAAAUUAACAGAAGAUUUAUCUAUUGUUGAAACAAAUAUUAAUGUAUUAAAUGAUUUAUUAGCUGAAUUAAGACCAGAUACUGUAACUGUAGAUGAUUUGAAUUUACUCAAGGAAUUAAAUUGUACAUGUCGUAUUAUGCAUCAACGUGUUAUGGAAUUUUUAAGUCAAGUAUCUGAUGAAGAAGUAACUAAUAAUUUAAUUCAAGUUAAUGAAAAUUUAACAAAUACACUUUCACGUUACGAUCGUUUUGAACGAUAUUAUCAACGUGCAAUACGAAAUUCCGAUAAUAAUAAUUCUUCUAACAAUCAGCAAAUGGAUUCGGCAUUAUGUUUUACAAAUUCUAGACCACAACUAUGUUUAACUGCUUCAUCAAGUGAUCAUAUUGAUUCAAGACGUCAUCGAUCUGAUCAUCAUCACCAUCAUCAUCAUCAACAGCACCAUCAACAACAAUUAGCAAUUACAGCUGGACCAUCAUCUCUACGUCGUACAACUCGAAAUGAGUCUACAAUGAAUGGUGUGGUUAGUAACCGAAUGAAUAGUUUACAGUAUAAUCAUACAGAGUCGGGUAACAGUAAUAGUACUGCUGUUUCAACUGCUAGAAAUCAUCAUAAUAAUAAUGAGGAUGAAGAUGAUGAUGAAAGUUUGUUAGAUAUAAGUGAAGGUCCCAGUGGUGGUUCUACAACUAGAUCUCAUGAUUCCGAUGAAACCGAUGAAAUCGCUCAAUGGUUAUCUAGUCGACAAUUGAUACCUGUAAACUCACAGCAACAAUCACAACACAGUCAUCGUCCUUUUCAACAUCAACAACAGUCAUUGACUACAAACAGCCGUUCACAUUCAUGUGUACGAACAAAUCAUUUAAGCGCUAUCACAAAUACUACUACUACCACUACUUCUGCUGGUGUUUCGUUAUAUGCAACACAGAAUUCAUCAAAUAAAUCAGUCCAUUCUCAUCAAUCUUUUCAUGAAUUGUUAUAGUUACAGGUAAGAAAAAGCAUCGUCAUCAUCACCAUCAUCAUCAUCAUCAUCAUCAUCAUCAUCAUCAUCAUCAUCAUCAUCAUCAUCAUCGUCGUGGUAGUUAAAAACCGAUGAUGAUGAUGAUGAUGAUUGAUUGAUUUUUCGGGGGAGGAAAAGAUGGUAUUUGAUAAAUUUUAUAUUAUGCUUUCUUUUCAAGUUGUAUCUUUAAUGUUUAAUGUUUCUUAUUAUCACUGAUACUGGUAGUACCUCUACUGUUCUAGAAUUCGGUCCUGAUAAUUUGGAUGGAUUUCCAUACGUACAGAUUUCAAGUGGCUGAUUAACUGAUUGACUAUCCCAUCUUUUCAUUUAUUCAUCAUAAUAAUCAUGUGUAAUUCAUUCAAAAACAAUCACUUAAUAUUAUUUUUUAUUUUGUUUAAAUAAAUUAAUUUUGUAUAAAAUUUAAAAAUUCAAUAUUCAAUGUUCAAUCUAUUGAAUCCUUGUCACUUUGAUGUUUCCACUGGAUUAUGUAAUAAACUACAACAGAUAAAUAAAUAGUUCAAAGCAGAUAAUACACAAGAGAAAAGAUUUCAUAGAGCUUAAUUCAUUGAAUGAAUCUCCUGUUUCGUAUAUAUAUACUACUUAUUAUAUAUUACAUGCUAUGUGUUAUACUACUUAUAUUACUUAUUAUGAUUAUUAUUACUACUACCAAUACUAUGAAGGAUAGAUAACUUGUUCAAUAUAAUAUAUGUAUAUAUCUUAAUAUUUUUCCAAUGGUAAUCUAUUUCCUUUGCCCCCCCCCUUCCAAAAAAAGAGAAAACAAUGUGAUGACACUGUUUCUUCUUCUUCUUCUUCUUCUUCUUCUUCUUCUUCUUCUCCUACUUAUAUAUUCGUUAUUCAUUCUUUCAUUUUGUUACAUAUUACCAGAGUAUAUUCAUUUUGCUUCAAAAUUAUUUCACUGAUCCGAUAUUUUCAUUUUGUGAAGAAUUUUUUUUACGCUAAAUUUCCCCCCCUUUUUUUUCUCUGUUUCUAUGUAUGUGCGUAUGUGCGCGUGUGUGUAUGUGAGUAUUCAUUGUUGAAUUAUUCCCCCCCUUCUUUCUUUUUACAUUUUCUUUCAUUUAAUUGUAAUUUAUUCAAUUAAUAAAUAGUUGACAAGGUGAUUUAAUUCAUAUAAAUUGUCUCUAUAGACACUAAUAUUUUGGUUCUGUUUUUUUUUUAAAAUUUUUUAGUGAAUAUGAGAAAUUUGGUAAAUACCUAAUUAGUUUUAUUGUUUUCUUCUAUGUUUGUUUGUUUCUUCAGUUUUUCUUUUCUUAUUGUUUGUUUGUUUUUUCAUUUGUUUAUUAAAUUAUUUAGUUAUUUAUUAAUGUGUAUAAAUGAAUGAUCGAUUCUGUCACUCACUCACUCACUCACUCACUCACUCACUCACUCACUCACUCACUCACUCACUCACUCACUCACUCACUCACUCACUCACUCACUCACUCACUCACUCACUCACUCACUCACUCACUCACUCACUCACUCACUCACUCACUCACACACUCAUUCACACACUCACUCAUCCUCUCUUGUUCUCUCUUCAAAUUGGACAUGUUAUUUUUUUUUGGAAUAUUUUUAUGAUUUUGUUUGGUGUUACCGACAUUAAUCAAAUCUACAUUAUCUCUAUGUCUUUAUGUAACAUUCAUUAAUUGUCUAUUAUAUAAUUAUUCAAUAUUUCCUUUAUGAUUUAGAUUAAAAAAAAAAGAGAUAAAGAUAGAAUAAAUGAUUAAAUAUACUACUUAAUUGAAUUAUUUUCUGAAUAUAUAUCUAUUUAAACAAACAAACAAAGAAAC